UCGACUUCUAAUGGAACGACAUAUGAAGCUAUCAACAAAUUGAAGGCGGAUCUUUUAGACGACUACAACCCGGAUACCGUGCCAGUUAAAAAUUCGUCGACAAUUAUACGAGUGAACAUCGCCCUCGCAUUGUUUGCUGUUCCAGACCUUGAUCCCGUGAAAGGGCUCAUUCAAGCUGUAUUUUCACCUAUGUGUUUUUGGAUUGACGAAAUAAUGACAUGGGAUCCAGCGAAUCACAGCAAUAUACAAAAGGUACAUUUCAAAGAAGAGGAAAUUUGGCACCCAAGUCUUUUGCUUGCAACACCAAAUAAGUUUACAUUGGCGGGAGGCUAUCGACAACGAAUAAAAAUUCAAGCGAACGGCAACGCUAAAUGGUUGCCAGGUGAAGUAUGGGAAAGUUCAUGUAGAUUCAAUAUGAAGUUUUGGCCAUUUGAUAAACAGACUUGUGAAAUAGAGUUUAUAAACCUUGACUUUUCCGCUGAAGAGGUGCAGUUACAUCAUUUAUUAUUUAACCAGGACAAUUUUGUUCCCAAUAGCGAAUGGACACUGGAGGGACUUUCGGCAACGACCCUUACGAGACUGAAUUUGAGUGUAAUCAGAUAUUCGUUCAAGCUCAAACGAGAGUCAACGUUUUACGUCCUGACAUUGAUAUUGCCGAUAACGUUCCUUGGAAUUUCCAGCGUAAUGGUGUUUUUACUGCCCGCCGAGUCUGGAGAAAGAGUUGGAUUUUCAAUCACGCUUAUGCUGACAAUGACGACGUUUCUCGACAUAGUUUCUGACGUAAUUCCCAAAACAGCUACGCCACCAUCACUUAUGGCCGUGUUCGUUUUCCUACUUGUGAUGUUCAGUAUUAUAGUACUAAUACUUUCUAUCUUAACCUUAAUGAUUUACCACAGAUCUGAUGACAUUAAAAUACACAGAAACUAUAUAACUAUCUUUAAAUUGUCUAGUUUUGCAUUUUGUUGUAAAACAAAAGAAAAUCGUAUUGGGACAAGUGAUGAAAUUCGUAGGGAUGGGGUUAAAAUAAUAAAUAUUGAGUCUGCAAAGAAAAGCGAGCUGGUGGCCGAUGAACAAAACCUUGAUGCAAAAGAAAUAAAAUGGCCUGACAUCAGUAAUGCAUUGGACACCAUAUGCUUCUAUACUCUAACUCCAUUUUCAAUUCUUUUGACAAAUGUUUUCUUAUUUUAUUUAAGCUUUGCCUCUCAUUAUUAAUUGUUUCAGCCUGCCAAGUAAA